AUGCCGUCAAAACGGGCCGCGAAGGUCACUGUCUUGGGAGGAGGUGUCAUUGGUUUGACUGUUGCUGGAGUCUUACAAGCGCGAGGCUACAAAGUUACCGUUGUAAGCCGCGCUUUUCCCGACAAUCCGGACGACGACCCUUCCUUCACUUCUCCGGCAGCUGGCGCUCACUGGCGGAGUUUUGCUGAGAAGGAUGACUACAGGCUUCAAGAAUGGGAUGAGACCACAUUUCAGGCAAUGGUACGGCUAUGCGAUGUUCCCGGUACCGGAUUAAUGAUGGCACCAGCAUACGAGUUUUGGGCCGAUCCGAUGGAGUCCUGGGAAGAUCCCUUCUUUGCUCGAUUCACCCCAAAAUACAAGAUUCUAGAUACUGCAUCCCUCCCUCCGACCUGCAAAUUUGGAAUCUCCUAUGAAACAAUCUGCAUCAAUGUUCCCAAGUAUCUUCUAUGGCUGCUAGAAAAGUUCAAGUCCCUUGGCGGAUCCCUUCGAAAGCAGAGUGUAGCUCAUAUUGAUGAGUUGCUGAAUGAGGACGUGGAUGUGGUGAUCAAUUGUGCGGGUAUUGGAGCGCGGACGCUUGGUGGUGUCGAGGAUGUGCAAACUUAUGCAACACGGGGACAAACUGUCUUGGUUAGAGCACCACAUGUUCGGCAUACAGUCACGCGAUUGGGCCAGGUUCAUGAGGAUUUCACCUACAUUAUCCCCCGUGAUGACGGUAUUGUUGUCCUGGGCGGCACGUAUCAAGCCAAUAACUAUACAUUAGAGCCGGACAUGCCAACAGCCGAGGCCAUAAUUCAACGUUGCUUGUCCAUUUGUCCGGAGCUGCAAGUGGACGGUAAACUUGAUAUCAUUAAACAUAAGGCGGGCUUGCGUCCAACGCGCGUGGGAGGCGUGCGAUGUGAGGCUGAAUGGAAGGAGUCAAGCGAUAACCGAAAAGUUUUACUGGUUCACUGUUAUGGUCACGGCGGUUACGGAUUUCAAUCUAGUAUCGGCUGUGCGGCAACUGUCGCGAUGAUAACUGAUGGAGAACGUGCAAGACGAGGGGCGCACGGCGACGAACUAACUGUAAAACUGUGA